UUAAAGUUCCGUUCAUAAAUUAUACUCCAAUAGAGGAAAAAGGAUUUACGCGUUUCUUUUUAAAUUUCUCAGCGUCUUUUACUAACCUACCUUCCACUAGAAGCAAAACAUCAGUAAAUUGGCGCCUUCCCUAAACUUUCAAAUGAACCAAACAAGAAUCACACAUUUGAUGAAACCUGAAAAUCUCCUUCAACAACUCACCCCUAUCCCCACCCAAAAAUGCACUCUCGGCUGCCCAAUUCUCGACGGCCUCCUCAACGGCGGCAUUCCUUGCAAUUCAAUAACCGAAUUAGUCGCCGAAAGCGGCUGUGGAAAGACCCAAAUAUCCCUCCAACUCCUCCUCACCGCUCAGCUUCCCGUUUCACUUGGCGGCCUCUCAUCUACCUCCUUAUAUCUCUACUCCGAGUCACCAUUCCCCCUUCGCCGCCUUCACCAACUCUCUUCCUCAUUUCCCACUCUCAAAAACCCCUUAGAUAACAUUUUAACUCACCCUCUUCACUCUGCACACCACCUGUUCGACGUAUUGUCCCAACUAGACUCCUUCUUAUUAUCAUCCCCUAUUAAGCUAAUUGUGAUUGAUUCUAUUGCUGCUUUGUUUCGGUUUGAGUUUGAAAACAAUCCGCGUGAUCUUAAGCAGAGAUCGGGGUUGUUUUUUAAGAUUUCGAGUAAAUUGAAGGAACAAGCGAGGCGAUUUGGGUUGGCUGUAGUGGUGAUUAAUCAGGUUGUUGAUGUAAUGGAUGAUUCUGAUGGUUUGAGGAUUGGGAAUUCCGCGUGUUUGUAUACGUCUGAGAGGAAAGUAAGUGCUGCUUUGGGUUUGUCUUGGGCGAAUUGUGUUAAUAUGAGGUUGUUCUUGUCAAGGAAUGAAGAGGUAGCUGGGGAUGAUUGUUUUGCUACGCGAACUCGGAGGUUUAUACGCGUUGUUUUUGCUCCUCAUUUGCCUGAUUCUUACUGUGAGUUUGUUAUUACUGGAGAAAAAAUUUGUGGUUUAGAAAGAUAAAACAUCGGCUUGAACAAACUAUGUACUGAUUAUCUAUUUAACAGAAAAAAGAACCUCUUAUUAUGCACACCACCUAUUCAAUUGUCCCAACUAGACUCUUUAUCCGUGUUAAAGUUAAUUGUGAUUGAUUCAAUUGAUGCUUUUUUUCUGUUUGAAUUUGAAAACAACCCGCGUGAUCUUAAGGAGAGAUGGGGGUUGAUUUUUAAGAUUUUGUGUAAAUUGAAGGAGCAAGCGAGGCGAUUUGGGUUGGCUGUAGUGGUGAUUAAUCAGGAUGUUGAUGUAAUGGGUGAUUCGGAUGGUUUAAGGAUUGGGAAUUGGAAUUGUUUGUAUACAUCUGAGAGGAAAGUAAGUGCUGCUUUGGGUUUGUCGUGGGCGAAUUGUGUUAAUACGAGGUUGUUCUUGUCAAAGAAUGAAGAGAGAAUUGUUCAAAGAGGUUGGGGAUGAUUGUUUUGCUGCGCGAACUCGUAGGUAACAAGUCAUGUACAUAUCAACUAUUUAACAGCAAAAAGAAUCUCAAGUUUUUUUUUUUCCAAGAAAGCAAAGGGUCACUGCAGUCACAAUACUAGUCUUUGCCUCUCUUGCCAUUGCUUCUUUGUUUGUUGCCAAGCAUCUCAAGAAUUGCACUUGUAAGUCUUUACUUUCUCAGCUUUACAUUUCUGUAAGUUGGUCAACUAUUUCAAGAAUUAGGUGCCUGUGUUGAGCUGUGGAGUGUUUGCAAAGGUGUAGCUUUUUGUGCUGCUAUAUAGAGAAGGCUUUGGUUAUACGGCUUUGAGGUUCUUCAAUAUAUCGCAGAAAGUUUUGAUCUUUAUUAAGAUAUGGGUCACAAGGGGAUUGCAGUAAGCAAAUGGGAAAAAGAAGAUAGGGGAAGGGGGUUUCAGUUUUUUCUUUUAUCGGAAAAGAAGAGAAGAAACAUGAUCACAAGAUUAUAAUGUAGUAAUGAAGACCUCAGGCUAAAGGAUCCCAGGCUAUGUGGCUCAAACUCUUCAAAAAUAUCGACGGGUGCAUAUCAUAUCCUCUAUAGUAGAAUAUUUUUUCUAUAGUAGUUAAUGCUCCUUUCUUUCCGGACUGUUCUACCGUGACUUUCUCGCUUUUGUUAUUUCUUGUUUUCAUAUUGUUUUCGAUAUGCUUGGUCCUAUCUGACCUUUUGUCUUGUUUUCCUCUCUUCUUCUCCUCUCUUGAGCCGAGGGUCUUUCGGAAACAGCCGCCCUACCUUUCAAGGUGGGGGUUAGGUCUGCGUACACUCUACCCUCCCCAGACCCCACAUGGUGGGAUUAUACUGGGCUUGUUGUUGUUGUUGUUGUUGUUGUUGUAUAGUAGUAUAUUUUUGAAGGAUCUACCACGAAUGAGACAACAAUUUGAAGAGUCUGAGCAAUCUUGUCCCAAGUUAGGUACAGAGGAAAACCUCAGGCCAACAGGUCCCAAUUAGCUAAACUACAAUUUUUUGUACAGCAACAUCUUUAAUGUAGUAAAGCUAAUCUACUAAAAAUUCUGUACAGUGGUUGCUUACUAAGCAUGUAUGACUAGGUGGUUUCUCCACCAGGUAUUUAUACCAAAUGAAUGAACACAAGCCAUAUGUUUUCAUAUUCUAUUUCGAAAAG